AUGGAAGGCAUAGGGGGAGACUCGGAAGGUCUGGGGUUUGAGAUGCCCCCGAUGAUGAAUCAGCCUCGGCCGAUGUUUGCGAACUACAAUGCGGCUGGCUCUCCCGCACAACAACAAUAUGGUCAACCAAGUUCUGCACCUCCAGAGGACUCUACCACCGGUAAUGGCGAUGAAAUGAAUGAGGCCAAGAGGAGGAGAAUUGCGCGGCGCUCUUCGCAGGCCUGUGACAUGUGCCGCAAGAAGAAGAUCAAGUGUGAUGGCAAGAUGCCCAAGUGCUCGCAUUGCAUCAAUUACAAGACGGAGUGUGUUUUUACGCAGGUGGAGAAGAAGCGCAAUCCCCCGAAAGGGGCCAAAUACAUCGAAGGAUUGGAGAACCGUCUGGGCAGAAUGGAAUCCUUAUUGAGGCUAUCUGGUCUCUUGUCAGAGGAUGACGCUGGCAAGACGGAUCUCGGGACGCUAGAGAAGCGUCUCGCAGACAGAUCUUUGAAUGGAUUGGCAGCGAAAGCUCAAAAUAAACCAGGCGCUGCGACCGCAGCCAACCAAUCCACCGGAUCGAGCCAUUCCACUCCCCGCGUCGAUUCUCAGCCCAGCCCACGGGCGGCUGGAGAUUCGCCCGAGUCGCAGAAGGGGUCCGAGAAUGAGGUUGAAGCGCUGUCAGAUAUGAUGUGCUCCCUAGUGACGAAUAAUUGUGGCGAGACUCGGUACAUAGGAUCUUCAUCGGGCUUCUCGAUCUUUUCUCCGAGAGGGAUCCAAUGGGUGAACGAGAAAACGGGUGACACUUCGUUCCAGGACAUGAUAUCGUCGGCUUAUAUAGAUGAUAAUAAAUGGAUGUAUUGGAAGCCGGAGAUUUUCAGCGACAUAUUUGCUCGCCGUGUCUUCAAGCCCUUACCUCCCAAAGACGAGGCCCUUUCGCUUUUCAGAGACUACUUCGAUAAUUUUAAUUGCCUGUUUCCGCUCUUCCACGAGCCGACUUUCAUGCACCUCGUCGAGCGACAAUACUCUCGAGAUCCAUAUGAGGGUUCCGGUUGGUGGGCAAGCAUCAACGUGGUUUUGGCAAUCUCGCAUAGGCUCCGGGUCAUGAGCCAUUUAGUGCCUCAGGAAGAGGACAAGAAGGCUUGGCUGUAUCUGAAGAAUGCCAUGGGGGUCUUGACGGAGCUCACGAUGCGAAAUACAGAUCUCUUAAGUGUCCAGGCGCUCCUGGGGAUGGCCCUUUUCUUACAGGGAACUCCCAAUCCCCAACCGUCGUUUUUCCUUGUAGCUGCUGCCAUACGGCUCUCUCACAGUAUCGGUCUGCACAAACGUGGUUCCGGAUUCGGCUUGAACCCAGUCGAAAUAGAACAGCGGAAGAGGGUGUUUUGGAUUGCCUACCUUCUCGACAAAGAUAUUUGCCUUCGUUCUGGUCGACCACCCGUACAGGAUGAUGAUGACAUGAAUGUGGAGCUCCCCAGUGAAGACCCGCCUGACAACAUUGGAAACAUACCGCUGUCGGAUGGAAAAGGGAAGGUCAAUCUAUUCCGACUCAUGUGCCGGUUCGCAACCAUCCAGAGCAAAGUAUACAAACGGCUUUACUCGACGAAAGCAGCCAAGCAGUCCGAUGGUGAACUCCUCAAUACAAUCGGUGAACUGGAUAAGGAACUAGAAGAGUGGAAGGAGAGCAUCCCCAUAGAUUACCGACCGGAACAUGAGAUCAAGGCAACACAUACUCCACUGAUACUCCAUGUGGUCGUGCUACACUUUGCCUAUUACAACUGCUUGACGACAAUUCACCGAAUGUCAGUGCAUCACGGCUACUGGACGAGUCGCCUCUCCAAUUACGCCAUCCAAGGGCUGAAUGCAAGGCCGCUGAAUCCCCGAGUUUUCUCAUCAGCUACACUCUGCGUCACUGCUGCCAGAGCAUCGAUCAAUCUGAUCAAAUAUAUCCCGCAAGGCGAUUUUGCCUGUGUUUGGUUGAUCUUGUACUACCCUGUCUCCGCCCUUGUGACCCUGUUCGCCAACAUCCUUCAGAAUCCACAGGAUGCCCGGGCUCGCUCGGACAUCAAACUCAUGGAUUUGGUCGUCAAUUUCCUCUCCAUGCUUGUUUCGGAUGAGUCCAAUGGAAGCGUCAAGCGCAUGCUCAGUGUCUGUGCAGAAUUCGAGAGGAUAGCAAAAGUGGUCAUCGAAAAGGCAGAAAAGGAAGCCCAUUCAAGACGGAAACGCAAAGUUGUCCCGGAAAACGCCGAUGCACCGAACCCGCCUGGCGACGCACCGGCAGCCUCGAGUACUCCGGUCACCUCCGCGCAAGAACCAGCCGCGCCGUCAACGACAGCUCCCUUCUCACCAUCGUUUGCUCACCCUACAAAUGGGAAUCCGUUUGAUCCAGCAACGAAUGAAAUGACGUCUCCAGCGAAUCCGAGUGAUCCGGUGACGACUACUCUGCCCGAAGUGUCGACAGGGGACCUACAUGACAUGCCCGAAUUUAACCCCGAUUUCCAAAAUAUCCUCAGUCCCAAUAGUUUGGAUCAGUCCGGCUUCCCCGACCAGACUUCCUAUUCAACCAGCGGUGCUGCGACGGAGGGGAUGAGUUUUCAACAGCCCUUUGUGCCGCAGGACUUGUGGCAGAUGCCCAUGACCCUGGAAUGGGAUUGGGCGGAUAUGUCUUCUUCGAAUCCACCGACGUUCGACCAGGGCGAUCUCUUUGGUGGCAUGAUGCGCAACGAGUCGUAG